GAAAACCGGAAGUUGUUCACGUCGCUCACUGAGGUUGACUUGACGCUGACUUGUUUCUUCGAGGGAAAAGUGUUGCUGUGAAAAACCUAGCAAGAAGCUCAGCAGGAGCUCUGUCAGUCCAAGAACCGUUCGUGUCUCGAUACCACAGGACCUUCGCUGUGUUCGUUCGGUCGGUCACAGCCAGAGGAGAUGACGGAGCUGAGACACCGAGGAGGCAAAGACACCGAGCCGCCGUUACAGCCGCAGACGUCCGAGGACAAGGUAACGUUAGCCCGGAACCGUUUAACACCGCUGCUGCUACUGUUGACGAGGCUAACGCUAGCUAGCCCCGGAGCGUUUGUGUACGAGUAAAACAUCAGUUUGUGGUUUGGACAGAUUAAAGAAAGACAUGUUAAAACAGGUUUAAAAUGAAAACACUCCCACCUCCAUGUUCGCUGCUGAAAUGCGCCAUAACAAACAAAUGAUCCGCCACUGCUCUCACCAUGUUGACUUGAUUGGCUGAUUCGUUUUACGGUCUUCCUGGGUGUGAUUUCCCCUGAAAAAAGGAGCUAAGCAAACGCCUACACACAAAAAUUAACUAAGAUGGUCUCUACUGCCUUCAUUGAAUAUAUGAAUGAAAAAAGAAGCAUUAAAGGGAACAGCUGAAAGUUGUGAUUGAUGAGUGUUGAAGGUUUGAGGACGUGUGAACAUGACUAACUCAGUCUUUACAACAUCAGUGACACAACAGACAGAGCCUCCAUGAGAAAAACGAGUAUACAAUGUUAUCAGUUUGCUUAUUUACUGACGUUUAGCAACAAUAGUAUGACGACAUUUUAAUUAGCAUAUGUUUGGACUGUCAGGGCCGUGUCCAGAGAGGUGGGGUGGCCAGGGGCAACAUAGCCCCCCCUCCUCCUUUUAAGUUAUGUCUUUGGCUCAGUUAGUGGUGCAUCCUUCCCUGUAGAUCUGUUUUCUCGCUCUGAUUCGUCUCACCUCAUGUCCCGCCCACUUCACUUUCUGAUUGGCCAGAUGUUGUACAGAAAGUGUUACUAGUUUGCUGUUAACUCCUGUGUUUCAUGUUGAAUAAGCCUGUUGUGCGAAAGGCGUUUAAGGCAGAGUUUGAAAUUUUAUAAUCUUAAAUCUAGCCGUCUAUGCAUAUUAAUAUAGUUUCAAAUAUUAGUUAUUGUUUUUAGGAAUUAUCUAAUUAUCAGUAUCAGCAUUAGUCACUAUCAAUUGACCCUCAAUGGUCAUCUCAACAACAAACAGCACAGAGUAUGACAGGGUACAUUUAAUAGAAGGCCACCACACAGAUAUGACUUUUUCUUUUCUUUUAGUCGUGACUUGAUGGAAAACAGGUCGGCAGAAAGUACCAAAUGACGUGGGAGGGUGUUUGUCACUUUGAGCUGUCAGGUAGUUUAUUUGAAAAAUUGGGUGAGUUUCUUUCUGUGUGAUACUCACAACAUUUGAAGGAGUUGAGUGUUAAACUUACAUCAUGUUGUUACGAUUUUAACCAAAGAAACUUUAAUAAACAUUUUAAACUUAAAGUUUGAUGAUAUACACAAAAUGUAUUGUCUGUUUAGCAUUAUUGUAGUUGUUCAUUUUAGUUAAAGUUCCAUCAGGUUAAUGGUAAAUCCAGUCCUCUUCCUGUAAUGUAGGUGAAAGGUGGAUAAGUCUGCUUAAAAAAAGGUGACCAUGACAUCAGUUCACUCUGAUCUGGAUCAGCUUUAGAAGAACAGCUUUUAGGAAAUGACUUUGGUUUAUGAAACGGGGAUGAGGACUCAGAGUGACUCACUCCGUUUGUAACCUGAUUUCUGUCUGCUGCUCUUCUUCAUCAGCUUCAUCAGGUCGUGCCGGUCUGAUUAGAAACCGUGGAUGUCGGGGGUUUUCUUUAAAUGACACCCUGAACACGUUUGUCUUCAGCCAUCCAAAGUGUUUUGAAACAGGUGCUGGUAAAUAUGCGCUCACAGCAUCAGACCGCUGAAUCACAAACCUCCCUGUUGCCUCUGUGCUUUAUUUGUUGGAGCUGCACUGCACUCUAGCUUAGAAGUGCUAGUCCGUACCCCCUGAGUACAAAUGUCUUCCUUUUAUAGCCUGGUGAUGAUUUUCUAAUGUAUUAGAGAAAAACAACAACAACAACAACAGAGACUCUCAGGGUUCCCGCUGGUCUACCACUGAGGAUAAAAGGGGAGGAGUGGACUGUGAAAGGAGCGCCUAUUUUUAACUCAAGCAUCCUGGAUGACGGAUAUUGUUUCCAUAGAAACCAGUAGGCGGAGAAAGGGUCCCUGUGUGUGUUUUCUCGUGCAUGCCCCUGCUUUCAUUCGGUGGGCUUUGACAACUAUUGACAGGGAUUUGUGUGAGUGAUUUACAUCGUUAGAAAAAAAAGCGUUACAUUUUUUAAAAUCAGAGUGAAUAAAAGGUGUUUGUUCUGCAAAGAUGAGCAGAUCCAGAGAAAAGGGAGUCUUUGAGGGACUCUGUAAUGAUGCUGUGGACUCCUACUCUAUUUUGCCACAUCUGUUAAAACUAAAUCUAAACCCUCUAUAUGCAGUCUUUGCUUUAGUAGAACUGUUGCAAAAAGAGGCUAAGUUUUUGUCAAGAUGAGUCUUUGUUAUUUAGCUUGAUUCUGUCAAUGAAUAAAAAAAGAUGAUGAUGAGAUUUGUUCUGUUUGAACAAGUAAUUUUUGAAAAGAAGAAUUUAUUCUAUCUACUUAUGAAAACAAGAACAUGAUAUGACGUGUAAGUUUAAUGUGAAACAACAAAAAAUAAUGGGGCGGCAGUAGCUCAGGAGGUAGAGUGGUUGUUCUAUAAGUGGAAGGUUGGCAGAUCAAUUCCCCCCUAUCCCGAGUCUGUCUUUGUCCUUGGGCAAGACACUUAACCCACCUUGCUCCCAGUGUGUGUCCUCCACUGGUGUAUGAAUGUGAGUGUUGUGUGGUGGUGGUCGGUGCAAACUGGCAGCCACAUUUCCGUCAGUCUGCACCAGGGCAGCUGCCACUACUAAGGUAGUUUACCACCACCAGAGUGUGACUGUGAGGGAAUGAAUGAUGUCUCCAAUGUAAAGCGCUUUAAGGGGAUCCGAUAAAGCGCUAUAUGAAAUCUGAUGCGUUAUUAUUAUUAUUAUAACACUCUCUGCGUGUGAUCGAUUUCAGAUAUUAUUAUCAGAGCACUGUCAGAUGUUUUUAGGCCUUUUAUAUUAUUUAAUUACAUGGAUUUGUGCAGGGUGUGCAUUUCACUAGUGGCUCUUUUCAUGGAGACUUAGGUCAGGUUUUAAUUCAAGUGAAUGUCAAAUGAAUAUGUUCAUUAAAUCUAAGUUUAAAACGUGCUUUAAUGGGCACAUCUGUCUAUCUGUCUGCAGUUAUUUGAUAAAAUGUUCAUUCAGCUUUGGCCUUUUUGUUUGUCAUGUAUUAUUAUUGUUAUUUCAGCAUCUAUGUUGUCUUUUCGCUAACCAGCUCUCUAACCCUUGGCAUCAGCCAUUGAAAAACCAGUAUCAGGGAGCCACUGUUGUGGUGCACAGGUGCCUUGGUUAUGCAAAGUAAAAUCCGGAAAGAGCUUGUCCACCCAAAGGGGGUUGGGAGGGUGGGUUUUGUCUAACCGACAGCUCACUUCACAGUAUCCUUCCUCCUUUUUCAGUACCACACAAAGAAACCAACAUGGUUGAACCAAGUAUUGACUUAAGGAAGAUUGUAUUGAUUUGUAAAUGAUUCAUUAUUCAUGCAGCAGCAAAACAAGUCCGUCAGAUUCCACUAUCAGUAGCACUUCCAUGACAGUGAAACUCCUAUCAUUAUGGGUUAGUUUCACUUUAGACUUAUGAUUUUGACUCAUGUUAAAGUCCUUACAUCAGCUUGUCCUUCAGUUAUAAACCACACUUACACAUGUUCUUACACUGUGAAGUAAAAACCAUUUUCAUUUCCUUGGCAGUCUCUAACAGAUGCAGAAAACAACAGCAGCACCUGUAGUAGGAGGACCCUCUGAAUCUUGUCUGUUUGUGUUUUCUUCCUUCUCAACAGCUCUGUAACACUGCCAAUGUCAAACCUGUGUUGCUCAUUGUUUGUCUUCUGCGUCUGUUGUCUUUAAUUUGAUUAAUGUGUCUUCUGAGCUCGAACCCUUGUCAUCAGGAAGGGUAAAAUCAUAAACUGACUCCACAGAUUUGAUAGGACACGUGCGUCCUGGUUGUCCUUGGCGUCUCUCUUGCUGGUUAGGGUUACUUGUCUGUUGUUGUUGUUUCUGGUUUUAACCAAUCAGGAUCACGUGUUAAACAUAGUUGGUGUUAUUAGAGAGGUAAUAGUUAAAAGAGAAAGUGUCCUGCUGCUUUGUUAAUGAAUUAUCUGAUGGUAAAAAGGCAGAGCACGAAGCAGAAAACAGCAGGACGAGAGUCUGCUCUGUGAAUGUGAGGUGACGGCUCUGAGCCUAAUAUGGUCACUGGCAGCAGAGGGUCGGCAGGGGUGAGGAGUGACAGGACGAACGGAUCCCUGCUGUCACCAGAUGAGCUGUAAUAACUGUGUUAUUGUUGUCACCAUGGAGAGGCAGAGAUCGGUGUGUUCGGAGCAGGCCUCCAUCACUAAAACAGAUGGUUCUGAGAUAUCAACAAUAUGGAGAAGAUUUGGCGCAGCAGUGUUCAGCUGCCCACACACACACACAACCCUACACACACACACACACACACACACACACACACACACACAGUCUUGUUUUUAUUUAGCAUCUUCACCCUGACAUGGACGUCGUACUGCUGUCUGCUCAUUCACAUAUCCUUCUCCUGAACAUCAAAUGUGUUUGAACUUUACAUUUAGUGAACUCAGUCUUGUGUUUGAACAUGUGACCAUUUUGGCUGAUUCGACCUUUCCCCAGAACAGCGUGUGUAGAAACUAUGCUCAACAUUUGUUUAAACGUCUUUCUAUCAUAGCAGAUACAACAGGUUUGUCCGUCUGUGGAGUGUCCCCUUUUUAUAACCAUUCACUCAGGGCUGUUGAAACACAUCUGUAGGGAGAAACGAAGGGGAAGUUGUGUGUGUUUGUACUAAAACUACAUGAUACUGAGGAAAACUAAUAUUGAGAUUUUUUGGGGAUAUACUGAAAAACAAAGAAAAAAAACAACCAGAAUAUUUGAUGUAUAGUAGCGAUUUUUGGUUUUACAAUUUUUAAAUCGUUUUUUUAUGUUCAAAAAUAUAUAUAAAUUUUUUCAAAUUUAAGAAUAAAUCUUAUGAACUGACUUACAUGUGAUGUGUAUUUUUUGGGGAAAUAUGGUUCCUGGAAUAGUCAGUAGACAAUCAUAAUAAUUCAACUGUUUCACUGAUAAAAUGCAGAUUAAAGAUUGAGAAAAUCGACCAUAUCGUAGAAUCGCAAUUUAAAUCAAAUUGGCAUCCAAAAAAUCGUAGAAGAAUCGUAUCGGGAGAAAAGCACAUCGUCCCAGCUGUAUCAGUCACGGUAUCGCAGUAAUGAUAUGAAUUGUGAUGGUUAGCUUUAUCUUCAUCUGACUUCAUUACUCGUAAUGUUGUGGUCCACUUCACAUCAGACCAACAUGUUCAGGACCAACAUCAACUCUUUGUUUGGGCUGUUUAUUCUGUUCCAACUUCUGUAACCUUGUUAACGUGUCACCUGAGGAAGCUUCACGUUUACUCAACUCUGUGAAGUUUUUCAGCUAAAAACUGAACCUUCCUUUCCACUAAAACAUCACAUUAAUCACCAUCUCCAUCACUAGAAUCGAGGAUGUACAUUUUCUGUAAUGCUAGACGACCAGCAAAGAAAUCCCUGACUUUAUCUUAUUAGCUUUUUUUUAUUUUGUGUAAGUGAGGUGUUUAUCAUGAAACUGUAAAGGGCAGUGAAAGAAGGUAACUAAAAGCUAAAAUCAGCAUUAUAGUUCAGACUGUCAAGCUGAUGUUUGAUUGGGGCACAUGUUGCACUGUGUCUUUUAGCAGGCAUAACUAAUCUACUUCUGAUCACUGUACAGGCUAACAUUUUAUCCAGAAACGAGAAAGAAAGGACAAAUGUGCCCAAACAUAUUCUAAUGUUGAACAGAGUGAAUUUAAGGAGCAAAGCUUUUAAAACAAUUGCUAUUUUUAGCUCUGCUGCUGCUGCUUAAGAAAUCUUUCUCCUUUUCUGGAACAUUCUGUUAGUGCCGCAGUUGUGCAUUUGCAGUAUUUGGCAGGACAUUUUAAUUCUAUUUUUAUGAUAUAAUUUUAGGCAAAUAUGGACAUGUUUUGGCAGGAUAGUUUAUUUCUCUGCUCUGAUUUUAAGCAAAUGUAGGAUCUAAUCAUACGGCUCAUGGUUUGUUUUCAUUGUCGAAGUAAAUAAAUUCAGAAGCAGAAAUACUCAUUAUUCUCAGGGGUAAAUUCUCUGAUUAAUAAUAUUAGAAUUUCUUAAAGCAAUUGUAUCUCAUGUUUCAGUGUUUAGACAGUUAUCAGGUCCAAUGAGAGUCACAUCUAUGCAACUUAGAUUCACACAAAUCUGAUGCUUGGUCAGGUUUUAGCCCAAAGAGAUUUUCUGAGGCUGUUUUAACAAUUUUUUUCUUUCUGCUUUCACUUUUGUCUCCUGAAAUGUGUCCUUUCUCCUGUAAUUUUUUUCUUUCUGCUUUCACUUUUGUCUCCUGAAAUUUGUCCCUUCUCUUGUAUUAAGCAUGACAAUAUGCUACAAAUAAACAAGACUGAAGAUUUGAGUUAGUACACUGAGAUCAUGAAGGCAGACUCAGGGGUCCCCGAGGUGCCGGUCCCUCCAGAUGACACACCUGUGGUUCUAAUAAGGUGCCGGUGUAAUUAGUCAUGAAUAAAUGAUCAUUUUUCCGCAUGUGUUUCUGUUUUAGGGUAUGAAGUGAUCUGUGAGUCAGAGUGUAGCUCUAAAAACGGCAAACGUUGUACAGCGAAAUGCCUUCACAGCUCUGCUUCACGUGUGGAGGAGUCAUGAGUCACACAAAGAAAUCUCCUGGCUCAAAUAUUUUACGCUAGGGGAAGAAAAAUCUCAGCAGCGUCCUUUUAUUGUUUUCUAAUGUUGACACUCAUUCUUCUGUAGUAUGAAGUGAUCUGUGAGUCAGAGUGUAGCUCUAAAAACAGCAAACGUUGUAAAGGAAAUGCCUUCACAGCUCUGCUUCACGUGUGGAGGAGUCAUGAGUCACUGGCCAAUACCGAUAUUGAUCCGAUAUUAGCACAAACUUGUGCAUGACAAGUUUUUCACUCAGCUGCAACGUCUUUUUUGGACGUUAAUGAAAAAUACUGCCACAGGGCCAGCAUCACUCUUACUCCUUGGUACUUUGUUAGUACCUUAGUACACACUGUUGUUGUGAUCAUGUAGGCUCUACAUGCUGGAUCUGGGAGCUGCUAGAUAGAGGUGCUGGAGCAGAGUCUGAAGUGGACUGCUUGUAUCGGAGUGCUGAUAUCGGAGAUUUUAGAUGCAGGCCGAUAUAAUCUGGUAUUCGAUUUUUUUGCUGAUAUCGGACUAAUAUCCGAUAUCAAUAUUGAAUUGGGACACCCCUAAUUAAACCAUAUGAUUGUUCUCAAAUUGUUAUCUGGAGAAGUUUGUUGACACAUAAGGGUGAAAAUAUGCAGUUAGAAGUUUGAAUAUCAAGCACAGAAACAUGUCUGCCUCUGUUAUGGUAGGUGGUGACAUCCCCCCUUUCUCAUUACUAUUAGGCUGACUCCUGGUCACCAUAUUAUAAAUCAAAGGCUAACAGGACUGACGUCAAACAAUGAGAACACAUUAGUUUUUACAACUCUGUACUGCUUGUCUGUACGAUAGGAGAGUUUAGUCUUUUUUACGUCCUUUCUGGCGUGGCGUGCGAACACUGGAGCGUGCUCAGAACACUUUAGGCUCAGUUUCAGUCCGAUUGACAUAGAAGAGACACUCCAUCCUCAGUUUGUUAGUCCAGCUGUGAUUUCAGUGGGACUAAUGUGUAAUCAUAAUUUUUAAAAGUCCAGUUUCAGUUGGAGGAAGAUAAUAAAUGGAUGUUUUUGACUGACUCUGAUGUUUUUUUCUAGUGUAUUGACUGUUUGUGUGUUUUUCUUUAGAUGGAAGAACUGGUGGGUACGAGGCAUCCUGACACUUGCCAUGAUCUCCUUCUUCUUCUUCAUCAUCUACCUGGGCCCCAUGGUGCUUAUGAUGAUUGUGAGUACAGAUCACACCUCAUCCUGGAUCCUGAAGAAAACAUUUUCCCAUCAUAUAGCAGAAAUAUGAACCUCAGGGCCUUCUAUAACAUCUAUAUCAUGUUUGUAUUCGAGUUGCAGACUCAAAACUGCUCCUGACAUUCACUUGAACUUUAACACACAUGUAUGAAAACCUUAAACUAAAGGAUUAAUGGGCUUUCUAAUAACAGGCAGGAGACUGCUGCUCUUGUCAUUCGGGAAUCUCCUGAAAUUAGGUCUGUCAGCCAUCUUGUUUCAGGAUGUAGGGCAUUCACUCACUCACUCACUCGUUAAGCUCUGGGGUUCUGUCUCUUGUGGUGACGCUGUGUUUCUCUCUGCAGGUCCUCUGUGUGCAGAUAAAGUGCUUCCAUGAAAUCAUCACCAUCGGCUACAGCGUGUACCACUCCUAUCACCUGCCCUGGUUCAGGACGCUGAGCUGGUGAGGCUGCUCACAAAAACACAGUCAUUCACACAUUCAUGGAGGUGUAAUAAUGAACGCAGCGAAUUUCUCUGUUUGCAUGUUUUUUUAUUCUUUUGUCUCAUGUUUUAUUUUGUUUCAGACUUCCUGAGGUUUGUUUUCUUGUCCGUUUCAAUCCCGAGUAGAUCGUAGACCAUUAAGCUAAUCGGCCACAAUGUGAUCAGAAUGAUGUGAUUAUUUGAUUUAGUUAUAGUGGUGUACUGUAUAGCAUGAUAGAGAGCAGAGUCCUGACAUUCACUAUGUCGUGAGCUGGAAAAUUCAAACUGCAGUCAAUUUCCUGCUCAUAAUUCUCCGGUCUUAAAUUUUUAUGCAGGAAAUGAGUCAGAGAGUUAAAGUAAUCAGCCUCACUGGUUUUACCGCAGACAUACUGAAUGCAUGGUCUGAUUAGAGCAUCUGUCUUAAAACAGUGAGAUGUUACAUUUGUUUCAACCCUCCUCACCACAGGUAUUUCCUGCUGUGCGUGAACUACUUCUUCUACGGCGAGACGGUGACAGAUUACUUCUUCACGCUGGUGCAGAGGGAGGAGCCGCUUCGCAUCCUCAGCAAAUACCACCGCUUUAUCUCCUUUGCCCUCUACCUCACAGGUACAAACGCUGACACUCAGAAAGGUCCUCGAAAUGCAGGGAUGCAGCGUUUAAUCAGUUUCACAUUUAACUGCACUUUGUUAAGGCUCCUCUAAACACAGAGGUCCCUCACUACAUCUCUUUUGAUUAGAAAACAACAUCUUGUGUUCAUUAUAAAACUCCUCAUAGCUCUUAUUAAAAGUCUCAUGCAGCUGGUUGCUGCUGAUGUUAAAAACAAAACAAAACGCUGACCAAAGUGCUGUGCAGUGAAAAUUAAAAAAAAACAAAAAAACAGACAAUUAACACGAACAAUAAAACAAAGACACAGGACCACAUUAAAAAAACAGGGGGACAUAGAUGGUUCAAUGAAAACAUGAUUAAAAAGACCAAGUUAAAAAGCCAAGGAGUAAAAGUUGCUUAUUUUUACCUCACUAAUCAUCCACAAGCAGAUGUACUGUUUUGAUUAACCAAAUGUCAAAUUAACAAAUUGAAAAUGCGAGCUGUGUUAGCUGACUGUCUUUAUAAAAUUUGUUGCUCAUGAUCGUUGACAGAAGAGCAAAUUAUAUGAAGAGAAACAGCAGGCAGGAGCUCGUGUAACGCUGCCUUAACAGUCAUAAAUAAGUUGAAAUAUAAAGCACAUUAAAUCUAACUAUGAGUGAAAUGAUAAUGGAUGACAUUACAUGAUAUGACAUUAUAUACAUAUGGGAGUAUAUUUAACAUCUUCAAUACCCCACUGAAGAGUCAAAACAACACAGCGAAUUAGGGCUGGGUGAUAAACCAACAGUUUGCUGAUACAGAAAUUUACUAGAACAACCGACGUCAUUUUGCCCAUGUCAAUAUUUUAGGUGUCAAAAAAAUCAAUAAACAAAAGUUGGUUUUGGAUGUGUGUAGGUAGACUAUGGUCUCAUGUCCCUUUAAGACGCUGUUCCACGUCAGAGACGUGACUCCACCUCGUCCAGUCAGUAACAAAGAGGGAAAGACAGGUGAGGAGAUGGAGGACGGUUCAACGGAGUUAAUGUGGGAGGGGGUGAGCAGCUUGUGGAGUAGUUAUUGUCCAUUUAUCGAGGUCAUGUUGAUUUGAGGCCAUAUCGCCCAGCCCUACAGCGAAUACAAAACGCUUACACUUCCAAAGAGUACUCAUGUUAUUAUAUUCACUAAUUAAUAUGAUGAUUUAUUCUAACCAUGACAGUAAUUUAUCUGGAUAUAACUGCACCAUCAAAAUCUCUAAUCAUUACACCUCCCACCUGGUUGUAGGUGAUUGCUUUCUAAAUGAAUACAUGAGCAUUCAAUCAAACAACAGUACUCUGUUAUUAAAACAGAAUAGAGUUGUUUUUUUUAACACAGCACAUGUCCUGUAUCUGGUGACGGUAAACACUGCAGAGGCCGUCAUCUGCUAACCUAGUUUGUUACAAAAGAUGAGACAACAUCAGGUUUGUCUCAGGAGGGAAAUAUAAAUAGAAAAAUCAUGCAUCAAUGUCUCUGUAAGGGCAGAAAAAAGUCUGGAGGCGUUGACUGAUGACAUUUGAAAGUUGACAGUUCAGUUUCUCUGUUUGCAUAAUGAGACCAGAUAGUUCAAAGUUGGUUAUUUUUGACACCACACUCACUGGAGACAUCCUGCAGGUUGUCAGUUAGUUGUUAAGUGCUACGUCAGCUGCUGGCUGGCGCCAAACAGGAUGUGGAGAGGAAGGAAGCGCCCCGACUCUUUCUGCUUAAAGUGAAACUCGAAUGGCCUCUAAGAUAAAGUUGUCAUACCAUCAGACACUUUGGCUCGAGUGAAGGAUAUACUUAAAGUCAAUCCUGAAUCUUGAAGAGAGCAGCUUUGUUCGUGUGUGCAGAGGUUUUGAUUCUGAUUUAAUAAAAAAGCACUUUCUCUUCACCUCAGUCUCAUCUUCAGCUCAAAUCAAACAGCUUCAGCAAUCCUCUCCAGCUCACUGCACACUAACUCUGGGCUUUGUCUGAAAUAGGUCAAGCUAUAUUUGGUGGGAGUUUGACCAUAGAUGGCUCUGGAUUAAUUACUCGCCUGCCUCUUUCAAGUACCGCUGCCCCAGCUGUGCCCUCACCAAGUUUUUCACACACUGUUUUUUAUGUUUUUGCAGGUUUCUGCAUGUUCGUGCUGAGUUUGGUGAAGAAACACUACCGUCUUCAGUUCUACAUGGUGAGUGGCUCUCUUCCCCCUGGCCUCAAGACUGCUGGGAUAUUGAUGAGGCCAGCUGAAAUGGAGGCCGGUGUCUGGAGAAGUGGGCCAGAGAUUACUCUAAUAAAAAUGUGCAGACAUCCUGACGGUGCAGUUUAAAAAAAGUGAGGCUUGUUUAUACAAAGAGCAUAAAGCCCAGUGAACCUAAACUUUCUUACAUGCAGCCCAAAGUCUCUGUUGUUCAGCAGACUCAGGUGGAAUAAAAAAGAAAAGAUCAACCGGUUUUUCAAAAGUUUUCAGGAUGGAAACCUUUCAAAGUUUCACUGUGGCAGUUUUAAAGCUUCAUAAAUUCGAACAUUUCCUCUCGUCGGUAAAGUGGCCUGUAAUAUUUUACUGUCUGUAAGUGAGGAGACACUUCAUCGACCCACACAGUCAGCCACAUUGUUGAUUCAAUCAACCCAUUAUCUGGGAGAAAGCACCUCUGUGCCAACAGUGUUCACACUGAUCUUGGUGGGUCGAAUCUCUCUGAGGCCCUUUUGUUUCAGUCCACAUCAUUACCACUCAGAUAAAAGACUCACAAACCCGAUCAGUGAAUGUCAUUUUUACACGUCUCGUUGUGUUCUCUCCACAGUUCGGUUGGACUCAUGUGACUCUGCUGAUCGUGGUGACUCAGUCCCACCUCAUCAUCCACAACCUCUUUGAAGGGAUGAUCUGGUUAGUAAUUUUAUUGUAUUAGCUGUGUAUUAAAUAAGUUUCUCUCUGAUGUUUGGUCUCAUGGUAAAAUUCUGCUGAGGCUCUGUAUAAAUAUUUUCACUUUGUCUCCUGACACAUGACUGUUGUUUACUCCUCUUCUUUUCUGAUUAGGUUCAUCGUCCCCAUCUCCUGUGUGAUCUGUAACGACAUCAUGGCCUACAUGUUUGGAUUCUUCUUCGGCCGCACCCCACUUAUCAAAGUUGGUUUUAUUACUUUUAUUCUGAUUCACUGUGUAUUUCUCACCAGUCAAACUCACAUCUUUAUGACAGAUGUGAAUAUCACCUCUCCUAUUCUGCUGUAAUGUCAGAAUUGUGCGUCACAUAGUGAUGUAUUAACUCGGUGUCCACUCUGUGACCUUUGCAGUUGUCACCCAAGAAGACGUGGGAAGGAUUCAUCGGAGGGUUUUUCUCCACCAUCGUGUUCGGCAUCAUGGUGAGAUUUGGACAUUUAGCUUUUGUCCUUUUCAGACUUUAGAUACAGUACCUAUUGAACCAACACAUUUAAGCCGAAUAAAUCAUGCUCUCUGUAUCUGAAUAUCACACAAGUAAAAAUAAUCAGAUUGAUAGUAGGUUCGGCAUACCUUUGAUCAUUUUUCAUAACAAACUUAAUCUGAGAUGAUCAUUUUGUGCUCGCCCUCUUUAUAUAUCACAUUUUGACACCGUUUUUACAGUUAUCAGGUGUCUUUGCUGCAUAACUUACUGUUACCUCAAGAAUACAUCAUAAUGAUAAUCUGUGAUAGUUGUCAGUUGUUGUACUUUAACCCAGUCACUGGCCUCUCCAUCUGUCACAUCUGUUUGCAGUAGCCGAUAGCUGACCUCAGUCAUGAGACACUCUUGGUACAGAUAAUGUCAUUUAAUUAUAGAGUUUACUCAAUUAUUCAUUGAGGCUUAAAACUCUGGUUGAGAACCUGACAUAACCCAAAUGAUCUGAGGUUCACAGAUUGAAAUCCGAGCUGAUGUUUAUCAGCUGUUUGAGCUGGAUUCAAAAUCAUUUUAUACCCAAAUAACUAUCAUAAGAUAAGAUAAUUUAUCUCUUUAUUUGUCCCACAAGGGGAAAUUCCAGAAUUUACAGCAGCGAUAAAUACAGAAGAGACAUUAAAGAGUGAAGAAUGAAGAAACGUAGGAGUUAAAAAGAUGUAAAAAAGAUAUUAGUGUCAUUUACAUCAUGUGGUUCUUAUGGACACUUCUUUGAGAACCUGACAUAACCCAAAUGAUCUGAGGUUCACAGAUUGAAAUCCGAGCUGAUGUUUAUCAGCUGUUAGUGCAGCAUACAGCACUGAAAGUACUUCAAACCACAGACAGAGGCUGAUGACACCAUUUCUCAAGUAGUUCUACUUUUUUCUUGUUGACAUUUUCUUAAAAUAAGCCGACACUGGUGCGUUACAGGAAAAGCGUAUACUGAUGUGAAGUUAAUCUGUGAUUGACCUUUUUAUCAUUAAACCAAAAUAAAAGUCUGGUUUUUGUUACAGGAAAAAUUUAUUUAAUUUAGUGCUUUCAUGUUAGAUUUUCUUGUUUCCCACCUGAACCCAGUUUUUAAAAAUCUUAAGUAUGUUGUUGCUUGUGGAGAUAAAUGCGGUUCUAACACUGAGGUGUCCAACAUACGGUUAAAUUCAUCAUGUAAUAUCUGGAGAUUGGAUUUUUCCUUCUGCCUGGAUGAAACAUCAGACAAGAUCUGCUCCAGACCGACAACGGUGACAGCAGAGUAACUGACGCCUGCUCUCCUCACAGCUCUCUUACGUGAUGGCCGGGUGGCGCUAUUUCGUGUGUCCGGUGGAGUUCAACAACGACUCCAACAGUUUCCAGGUUGACUGUGAGCCUUCAGAGCUUUUCCAGCUCCAGGACUACGCCCUGCCCAGCAUCCUGGAGUCUGUCACAGGAUGGGUAAGAAUCCCUUUGACUCAGUAUCUCAGAUUUCCACCUGGUACAUGUGGAGUCUUGAUAACUGCUGGUUCCUUUUAAAUAAACUCCUCCCUCUUGUCUCCACAGACCACAGUGCGUCUCUAUCCAUUCCAGAUCCACAGCAUCGCUCUCUCUUCUUUUGCCUCCAUCGUGGGACCUUUCGGAGGCUUCUUCGCCAGCGGCUUCAAGAGAGCCUUUAAGAUUAAGGUGGGGAUGAAGAACUUUUGCAUAUGCACCUCUUGUCGGAUAGACUCAGAAUAAAUAAAGUUUUAUGCCUGAUUAUAAAUAAAAUAUUCCGUGCAUUGCAAACCCAUGACCUGAUGGUGUCUUUUAAAUGUGCGUGUUUUAUUCUUUUGUCCUUUUAGGAUUUCGCCAACACUAUCCCGGGUCACGGUGGCAUCAUGGACCGAUUCGACUGCCAAUACCUCAUGGCCACAUUUGUGAAUGUCUACAUCGCUAGCUUCAUCAGGUAAUAAAUUCAAGUCUGUGUCCAUUGCUAAUACCGGAAUAGAUAGAUAGAUAGAUAGAUAGAUAGAUAGAUAGAUAGAUACUUGGAUAGAUAGAUAGAUAGAUAGAUAGAUAGAUAGAUAGAUACAUAGAUAGAUAGAUAGAAAGAUAGAUAGAUAGAUACAUACAUAGAUAGAUAGAUAGAUAGAUAGAUACAUACAUAGAUAGAUAGAUAGAUAGAUAGAUAGAUAGAUACUUGGAUACUUGGAUACUUGGAUAGAUAGAUAGAUAGAUAGAUAGAUAGAUAGAUAGAUAGAUAGAUACUUAGAUAGAUACUUAGAUAGAUACUUAGAUAGAUAGAUAGAUACUUGGAUACUUGGAUAGAUAGAUAGAUAGAUAGAUAGAUAGAUAGAUAGAUAGAUAGAUAGAUAGAUAGAUAGAUAGAUAGAUAGAUAGAUAGAUAGAUAGAUAGAUACAUAGAUAGAUAGAUAGAUAGAUAGAUAGAUACUUGGAUACUUGGAUACUUGGAUAGAUAGAUAGAUAGAUAGAUAGAUAGAUAGAUAGAUAGAUAGAUAGAUAGAUAGAUAGAUGGAUACUUGGAUAGAUAGAUAGAUGGAUACUUGGAUAGAUAGAUAGAUAGAUAGAUAGAUAGAUAGAUAGAUAGAUAGAUAGAUAGAUACUUGGAUAGAUAGAUAGAUAGAUAGAUACUUGGAUAGAUAGAUAGAUAGAUAGAUACUUGGAUAGAUAGAUAGAUAGAUAGAUAGAUAGAUAGAUAGAUAGAUAGAUAGAUAGAUAGAUAGAUAGAUACUUGGAUAGAUAGAUAGAUAGAUAGAUACUUGGAUAGAUAGAUAGAUACUGAGAUACAUAGAUACUUAGAUAGAUGUAGAGAUACUUAAUUAAUCACAGAGGGAAAUUCUAAAACCGUUCUACUGGCCAAAAUUCCAUUUGAAGAUGGAGGUACUGUGGAGUAGCUAACCUCAGUAUCAGAGCACGUUUAUUUGAGCAGACAUAUUCUGUGAGGUGUACGUCUCAUCACUCUCCUCUUCCUCCCAGGGGCCCGAACCCCAGCAAGGUGAUCCAGCAGCUCCUGGCCCUCCGAGUCGACCAGCAGCUCCACAUCUUCAACUCCCUGAAGACUCACCUGACAGAGAAGGGUCUCCUGCCAGCCGUGGAGGAGGCCGCCGCCUAGAACCUGAACGCAAGCGGCUUCGCACUGAGAGGGAGACCGGGGGAGGAGGAAGGAGGGUAGCACCCAGGGGCCCUGAGCAGCUCUGGAGCUUUUGGGGGGAAACUCACGAUGUUUUGAGUGAGCUGGAACACAUCCGAUAAAAACAAAAAGAACAAGAAAAAAAAAACAGCUUCAGCCUUGGGUCAUUCCAUUUCAUUCGGGCGUGAGAGUGGAGCGUUUUUGUCCAUCCAGUCUGUGAAUCAUGUUUCUGACGCCGGUGUUUCAGGUUGAGUUAGUGAAUUACUGUACUGUUACACAUUCUAGCCUACUUCUGCUUCUUCACCAUGUUGAACUGUUGGUCAGCUGUACAUUUCUACUUGUAUACAGGAUAACCUCUAUAUACUGACUAAUGUGUGUGGGUAUAUUUUAUUGUACUUUUUUUGUUUCAAUGCACUGCUCUCAGCCUCCUUUUUUUCACUGUAUUGUUACCCCAGGUGCUCCUCUCCCCCCCUCGCCAAAAUAUUCAGUUUUAAUUUUCUUUGUUGUGAUUGUUUCUAUUUAUACAUAGAUGGUUUUUAUAUUUGGUAUGUUCUAUUAUAUCUUAAUGUUGUGUCUGUUUUAUCAGACUGAAAUCACGUUUGCCAUCCGCCACAUGCAUUUCAGUGUCUUUUUCUUGUGUUUUUUCACCGUCAUGGAUCAUUAUUAGUCAUUUUAAAGCAGCAGUGUCCUAAAGUUGAACAUCUGAGUGACUCUAAAGGAUCGCUGAAUCUCACAAAUCAAGAAUCUAGACUGAGAGUUUGUUGGUUUUAGUGCCACGGUUGUUCGGACCCAUUUCGAUCUCUUUGUUCCUUUUACUUAUUCUGGAAAAAGCAGAAUCCAAAUCUGCUUCAAUACAUUUCAUCUAUCACGUAAAUCUGAUGCAGGUUUUCUUUACAUGCUCGUGAAGGUGGGUAGGGCAAAGUCCACGAAAAUGAACACUGAUGUUUCCACACUGCCGAUCUCUGCUUCUGUGUGGCGUAACCUCAUUACGGUGAGAGUGACAGAGCAGACACCUGCAAAUAUGACCUUCACAUGUCAGCUUGAACCGUGUUAGAGCAGCUGUGCGCGUUUGCAUCCGACCUAAAUAGCUCUCUGUGGUAUUGAUGCUUGUUUGCAAUGUCUGUGUUAUUUAAAGGUAAAAUUUAAAAGCUGAAGAAUCUCUAGUAUUUUUUUGACGAAGGGGCUCGAGUCUUAAUUUGAAAGGAAGUGUGAGGAGAGAUAGUGACAGGAUGAGGAGGAUGAAGAGUAUCCUCUAACUAAGCCGUCAAAAACGGGCGAACUCUACUGAUUUUAUACAUGAAUUAAGGAGGUACUUAUCAGCUUGUGAAACAUUUCUGUUAUGUCUUUUAUGGAGGUUGAAAGACUGAGUUUGAAGACUCAGUCGUGGUACAAAAAGCACGGAUGUCUUGCUGUCAGGGAUUCAAUGCAAGAAAUGAUCUUGUUGCGCCAUGAGGACCAUGUAUUGAAGAGGUGCUGAGGAGGAGGAGAGGUCAGAAAAGAUUGGGCUGUGAUGCAUCAGUUUGACAAUUUUUAUCUGUCCCCUACUUUUUUGAAAAGUAGGAGCUCUGCCAACAUAAUCUGUUCUCUUCUGUUCAAAAAAAAGUUGAUUUAAUCGUUGAUCGCAUAAAAACUCAUGUUGGUGUUGUAAAAGAUAUUCAAAGUAAAGAAGACUUGUACUUGAAUUUUUCCCCAAACCCUUAAAACCGUGUGGAUAAAACUGCUGAUGACCACUGAUCUGGAGUUUCAGACGUUUCUUUUAGCAUUGCUGCGUUUUUCAUGUUACUCAAUCAACUCAUCACCUCAAAGCUUUCCAUUAUGUUUGUGCACAUUCAUCAUUUUCUUUCCAGAGAAAUGAUUAAUUUCUCCUUGGACACGUCAGAGUCAGUGUUAUUGAAGACAAAACAGCAAUAUGAACAUCCAUGCAGCGGAGGGUGGGUGUCUCUGUACAACCUUUAAAGUUGUUUUCCAUUAUCUUAAUCAAAUCAGCUUCUUCACAACUUCACCAAAACUUCAACAACAUCCGUUUCUGUUUUGAUUCUCGUGUCCGCUUUGAUCUGUCUUAUAUUUCUUAACUUAUUUAUUUUACUUACUGAAAAAGCGAAUCUUUUCAAAGUUAUAUAAAAAGAUGUUAAGAGACAUGUUAAGUGUUCUUGAGUAUUUUUGUUUAGAGGAAUAUUUAAAGGCUUUAUUGCCAUAAGAUAAGAGAGUAUUCAGAUAGCAGAAAUGUAUUUUCUCCGGGUCGUUUCUUGCUUCCACUUUAGUGUAGUUAUAAUGGGUGUUUUCUAGGCUCCCUCCCUGCUAGCUGUUGUGUCGAAUUUUUGUGUCACAGUGCGAAUUGAAGCGACACAGAUAUUUGUAGCACUGUGUUGCGUCGUCUCCCUUUGAGUAGAGAGGAGUUUCCAGAGUUUUAAGUGCGACCUGUGUCCUCAGCGUUCUUCUAAAGCCUCUGAGGUGGUUUCAGUUUUUAAGGCUCCCAGCCCCUGCAGCUCUGUACUGCCAUUUCUCUGCCUGCUGUUCCAGACGGCCACUAGAGAGAGCUGGAGCUCCUGUGGUUGGCUGGUCAAGUGUGACACUGAUGCUGCACUGAGCAGAAAAGGUUCGACCCUUUGUUACUGCCGUCUGAUACAUUCCUCUACUCCCUGAAGUUUGGGUUUGAGCCCUGGGAGGCAGAUUUAAAACCACUUUAAACAAAUCUGAUUGUCUUUUUCUUUCACGGCACGUAGGACGCACAUCUGUGCCGCUCUGCUCUGCAAUCCUGCCAGGUCAGGACCCUCCAUAAAGGAAUGUAUUGGAGUUAUAACCACCCCUGUAUCUUGCAGGCUUUCCUCCCUUUUGUGGACGUUUUCUUUAGCGCUUCUACUAAAGUUGUUAUCAUUUCAGUAUAUUCUCCUUAAACAGUGCAAUGGUUUGUGUUGAGUUGUACAUUUGUCGACAAGAAAUUGUACUUUUUGAUGCUGAAAUGUGCUUCAAAGAAAAUUAAAGUUAUGGAAAAUAAU